GGUUACGCGGGUUGGGGUGUUACAUUUUGGUAUCGGAGCAUGUGGUUUUAAAAACGGUUCUCGGAAAAAAACAAAAAAACAAAAUGUGAAUUUAUUUUCAAAAAAAAAUGUUUCCUUAAAAAAAAUAUCCACAACUUUGCGACGUCACUGCUCCAAGAGAAUGGACCCUAUCGUUAAUUACGAUGAUGAUCAUCACUCUGAGGAUGAGAUUGUACAACAGAACAACGAUCAAAACAUGAAAAUGAAUCAAAACGUCCCACAACAAGAGGUGCCAAACGGUGGGCCUGCUGGGGUCCCACAGAUCGACCAUGCAAUGACGAUGCAACUCCUACAACAAGUUCUGAUCAUGAACCAGAAUGCCUUGACGCACGUUCGACAACCGGAACUGAGGAUCACACUUGAGAAACUGAAGAAAAACAGCGUUGAAGAAUUCCUAGGCGAGAACAUUGCCGACCCGUUGAUUGCGUUUAGAUGGAUAGAGCGCGUACGACGCGUAUUCGAGAAUUUGAAGGUUCCAGCUGGUGAGUGGACUGAUUUCGCGGUCAUGCUUCUACAGAGUAAUGCGUACGAAUGGUGGAAGCGCACUACUCGAAAUGCGAAUCAUCCAGUGAAAGUGACGUGGGCGUACUUCGAUCAAGUGUUCAAAGAGGAGUAUAUUCCCGAGUCGUUUGUGGAAGAGAAAAGAGAAGAGUUUCUACAUCUUGAGAUGGGUACGAUGAGUCUUCCUGAGUAUCAUCAGCUGUUCGAUCAUCUCGCUGAGUUUGGCCAAGAUUUGGUGAACACCACCAAAUGUCGUUGCGAUAAGUUCGUGAAGGGCAUGCGCCCGAAACUUCAGAAGCACAUGUCUACUGCCUCUAGGCAAGACUUUGGUCUUAUGUACGAACAAGCCAAAGAAGUGGUUCGAACUAAAGAAGGCGUGAGCCAGAAGAACAACCAGCAAUCAGCUAAGACAACUACGCAGGCAGCUAGCACGAGCAAGACUCUUCCAGGAAAGAGACCUCCAAGUGGAUCCGAGCUACAAAUUUCAAAGAAGGCCAACUCGCUACCCACACAGUCUGUAGCUUCGACUAGCAAAGGCAAUCAACUAAUGCAUCUGUUGUAUUCUGAUUGCAAUCGCCAUCACCUAGGAGAAUGCUGGAAGAAGCUGGGGUUGUGUAUGGGGUGCGGUCAGUCUGGCCACUUCAGAAGGAAUUGCCCGACCAAUCCUGGUUUUCCAUUCUCUAAUGCUCCAGCACCGAGUCAUACGCCUACUACUAGACCUGCGCAAAGCGAGUGUACGACCGCUGCAUCUCAACGUCCACAAAGACCACAACAACCUGCUGCAGUUGUCGUUCGAUCUCGAGGUCGAUCCUGAAUGCGACUCUGGAUCGCGACCCAUAUAAAAAUAUUUUCAGAGUAAUGUGGAAGUACAAUAAUAAUCAAAUCAUGACACAUUUAAUAUCUGAUGACCAAACAUUUGCCUGCCAUCCUUGCAUCUCCGCUGACUCAAUGCCCUCCGGGAAUGGUUCCGUUA